CUCACGACUCUCAAGCAAAGCAAAGCCGACAUUUCUCGCGAAUCAGAGAAAGGAGAAAGAAAAAAAAAAGAACGAAAAAGAAAAAACUAGAAAGCAUAUUACUGAUUCUCUAAUGAUCGACCCAUUUUUCCUUACACUUUCCAUUUUCUUUUCUUGAAUAAUGCUCUUCAAUUAUCCAAACAAAAAGAAUCGAGUGUAGAAGUGAUCUCAUUCUGAAGUUUUUUCUGGGUCAUUGCCAUAUUAGAAGAAAAGGUUGUUUGAAGGUGAGUGAUAAUGACUAGGUUUUCAGUGCUGGCAUUGGUGGCCCUAGUGUGGGUGUCAUGGUGGGCAGCUAUGGCUGAAGAAAUAGAGUACAUGAAGUACAAAGAUCCGAAACAGCCGGUGGCGGUUCGGGUUCGGGACCUUCUUAGCAGAAUGACUCUUGAAGAGAAGAUUGGCCAGAUGACACAGAUUGACAAGAGUGUUGCCAAUGUCUUGACAUUGAGAACUUACUCCAUUGGGAGUGUAUUGAGUGGUGGAGGCAGUGCACCGCUCCCUGAUGCUAGUGCUGAGGACUGGAUUAACAUGAUAAACGAAUUUCAGAAGGGGGCUCUCUCUAGUCGUUUGGGUAUACCGAUGAUUUAUGGCAUUGAUGCUGUGCACGGGCACAAUAAUGUUUAUAAUGCUACAAUAUUUCCGCACAACAUUGGGCUCGGAGCUACGAGGGAUCCUGACCUGGCUCGGAGGAUUGGUGUUGCUACUGCUCUUGAAGUCAGAGCUACAGGCAUUCCGUAUGUCUUUGCUCCGUGCAUUGCGGUCUGUAGAGAUCCAAGAUGGGGUCGGUGUUACGAAAGCUACAGUGAGGAUCACAAAAUUGUGCAAGAAAUGACAGAGAUCAUUCCGGGUUUACAGGGAGAUAUUCCUGCUAACUCUCGAAAAGGAGUUCCAUAUGUUGGUGGAAAGACUAAGGUCGCUGCUUGCGCAAAGCACUUCGUAGGUGACGGUGGGACAGUGAAGGGCAUCAAUGAAAACAAUACUUUACUCGACAUGCAUGGCUUGCUUAGCAUCCACAUGCCUGCAUAUUCUGAUGCAAUUAUUAAGGGUGUCUCAACGGUCAUGGCUUCCUACUCCAGCUGGAAUGGAGAAAAGAUGCACGCAAACCGUGAGUUGAUCACUGGAUUCCUCAAGGACACCCUUAAAUUUAAGGGUUUUGUCAUCUCAGAUUGGGAAGGAAUUGACAGGAUUACUUCUCCACCACAUUCAAACUACUCAUAUUCUGUCCAAGCUGCAGUUGAAGCAGGAAUUGACAUGGUUAUGGUCCCUUUCAACUACAGUGAGUUCAUCAAUGACCUCACUAACUUGGUUAAGAACAACGUCAUUCCAAUUGAUAGAAUUAACGAUGCUGUGGGGCGGAUUUUACUCGUUAAGUUCACCUUGGGUCUUUUUGAGAACCCGCUGGCUGAUUUUAGCUUAGUAAAUGAGCUUGGAAGCCAGGCACACAGAGACUUGGCAAGAGAGGCAGUUAGAAAAUCACUUGUGCUUCUGAAGAAUGGGAAAAACGAAACUACUCCGUUACUCCCCCUUUACAAGAAGGCUCACAAGAUCCUGGUUGCUGGUAGUCAUGCUAAUAAUUUGGGUUACCAGUGCGGUGGCUGGACAAUUUCAUGGGAAGGAUUUAGUGGAAACAACAGUACAAGGGGAACUACAAUCCUUGAUGCGAUUAAAUCAACAGUUGAUCCAAGCACAGAGACCGUCUACAAUGAGAACCCUGAUGCUGAUUUUGUCAAGUCCAACAACUUUGCCUACGCAGUUAUUGUUGUUGGCGAGCACACUUAUGUUGAGACCCUUGGCGACAGCAUCACACUAACAAUGGAAGAUCCCGGGCCUACUGUCAUCAGCAAUGUUUGUCAGAGUGUCAAGUGUGUGGUUGUCAUCAUUUCUGGCAGACCUAUUGUGAUUGAACCGUAUCUUUCCCCCGUUGAUGCCCUAGUGGCAGCAUGGUUGCCGGGCACUGAAGGCCAAGGAAUUGCUGAUGUCCUUUUCGGGGACUAUGGAUUUACUGGGAAGCUGCCAAUGACAUGGUUUAGAACUGUAGAUCAACUUCCAAUGAAUUAUGGUGAUCCGCACUAUGAUCCGCUCUUCACUCUGGGUUUUGGACUCAAAACUGAGUCAGUUACGGAGCUUGUAGCAAGGUCAACCUCAGCUGGUUGUGCUGGAAGGCCAUACGCUCUCCUGGUCAUGUUUUCUCUAAUUAUCAGUUUAUGCUUAAGAGUGCAGGGUGAUGAAGUUUUGAGCAGCAGCCUACAACUUAACAAGAUUGGAUUUUUGGAGGAUUUUGUUGGUUGAUUUAUAGCUCUUAGUAGGCCACCUCCUUCCAAAUUAUUUUUCAUUAUUUAUAUAUUUUUUAGUCCAAUUGAAUAGGAUUAGCUUUAUUAGCUCAUCAACGUUCUGGGCUCAUUGUAUUAGGAGUACGACCAAUGUUAUUAUGGUGACAAAAACCUUUUGAGCAUUUAUUAUAUCGAGGCCAUUUAUUUCUCUACCCAUCACAAUACAACAUUAUCAUUGUU